AUCGCUUUGUUGACAAGCGAUUAUUUAUGUACACCACGCGAGACGGUUUGCAGUAACUUGCCUUCGUUUUAGUAGGAUCUCUUUGUACAGGUGAUGCCACGAAGCAAACCCAAUUGAAGACAAACACAUCUCGUUCUACCAUGCCGAUCAUCACCUUCGUAGCGCGCGUCUCGGACGGCAUGUUACUGGUCGCGUCAAUGGAGUCUAUUGGCGACGCAAACGGGAACUUGGACACGUACAAGCAACAGGCUAAACAGAUCAUGAAACGAUUGGAUCAACGCGCGCCCACCAAGUGCAGCAUCGAGUCGGGUGCUUACACCUUUCACUACUUGAUCCAGGAAGGGGUAUGCUAUUUGACGCUGGCAGAUCGAGGAUUUCCCAAACGUCUGGCCUUCUUGUAUCUCGUAGAGGUGCACGCAGGCUUCGUCGAGGAGUUGGAACGUGACAGUGGCAACAACUGGCGUGACGUGGUCACGACUGUCGCGAGACCAUACGCUUUCAUCAAGUUCGACAAGUUUAUCCAGAAGAAGCGCAAAGAGUACGCCGACCCCAGCUCGUCACAGAACAUGCACCGCCUGAACGACGACCUGGCCGAUAUCCACAACAUCAUGCGCAAGAACAUCCAGGAGGUUCUCAACCGUGGCGAACGAGUUGAACAUGUAUCGCGUAUCUCGUCGAACUUGGCGGACAGGUCAAAGGACCUCAAGUGGGGCGCCAAGAAGCUGCGUAUGCAGGCCAUUUACCGGCAAUACGGUCCGAUUGUCGCUGUCGCGCUCUUCGUGCUGCUCGUUAUUUACAUCAAGUUCUUUUAG